AGCUGAACAUUAGGGCAGCAGACCUGAGAAUGAUUAUCAUAAUGAAGCUGAUAACUCAAAACCCUUUUCGGGGACUAAUUGUAGCAGUGCCUUGUGGUGAUGAGCUAUCAGGGCCAUCAAGGUAUUCAGAGAAGCUUGAUUCUGAGUUUUCUGUCUGAUAUCUGUUUCUAUUACUAAUUUUGCAUUAGGAAAAAAAUAAGCCAGCCAGGAAUUCCCGUCUUCAGUCAGUACGCAUGUUUAGUGAGAGUUCCCUUUACCAGCUCAGGUUUUUUUUGUUGGCCUAAUGAAGAUAAUAGUAGAAGACGAUUAUGUGUUACUGGUCAAAGAUAUUACAGGACUCCUGAGACACCCAUUAUGGGGAUAGAAAAUUAUCACAAAUUAUUUUUACAUUUUUCUUGAUGAAACCAUAAAAAAGUACACUGUGAAAAAAUGUGUGAAAUACCUGUUGAUUUUAAGGUGCCAUAUUCAUUAGCCAUUUGUUAGCCAGGUGGAAAGAAUGAUCUCAGCUCACAAACUUAUGUGCAGUUUUGCCUGGGAGGUUCUGGUGCUGGAUUAAAUAUGCUUGGGCUGAAAAAGCUGGAACUGGAAAGGCUUUAAGAGCCUGACUACUGAUAGAUGAAUCCAAACAGAAAUUGUGGAUUGGGUUUCAAUUGUGCAUCUAUGGCGAGUAAAAAACAUUUUUUAUUUUAUUUUAUUGCUGUGGUGAUUUUACUAAUACGUGUAGUCAGGCUCAAUCAACCUAUGUGGAUUUCUUGACUUCUGACUUGGUGUGCUUGACAGUGACAGCUGAAAAUUGUUUGCGAGACAUUUAAUACAGGCUUGGGGGAUAAGGCCCAACUGUGAGAAGAAUGACUUGCCGCUGGUACCUUGACAUACUAAAGGGUACAAGUGAAAGAGAUUAGAAGCUAACCUCAUUGCAACACAACCAGAAAUUAGACAGUUGUCAAAAAAAAAAAAACAGAAAGUCCAUAAAUAUGAUUUUAGAAACUGAUAACACAGUACUGUAUCAAAACAUUGUAAAACAAGGCUCAUAGUUUGGGGGAGAAUCACAAGGUAUGGAAUCCAGCUGGAGGCUGAGCUUCAAGAGCAACCCCACACAAACAUGUUCAGGAGAUGAGCAACGAUUUUUGCAUGCACUGAAUUAGGCCAAGGUCUUAUCUGGGCUAAGGAUAAAAAGGACUGGACUGUUUCUCAAUGGUCUAAAGCCUCUUUUCAGGGGAAACUAAAUUAUGCAUUUCAACUAGAAAAUAUGGUCCUACAAAAUGGAAAAAGAGUGGAGAGGCAUAGACUCCGAUCCUUAAAAAGGUCCUAAAAAGGUCUAAGUCUUACCCCCUCUCAGGUAACGAAAGUAAACCUUGUCACACAGGAAGAGUACAUUGUGUUCCUUCAAACAAUGGGGCACAACACUAAGAUCUGUGUUAAUUUCCUUUUAGAUUUAUAUUCAAAUUUUAGGACAAAGGGAAUUUAAAAAUGGUUAGCUGCUUUUGUAAAACCUAAAAGGUGUCUACUUUGGUUGAACCACCAACAUUGCAAUAUCUGGAUAUCUCAUAGCAGAAAAAAAACCCCAAAAAAACAUCCCUGUUUGGGCAUUUCCUGCCAAUUUAUAGUAAUCAUUGCACACUGUUGCAUAGAAACAGCAGUAAAGAUAUGUGUGAACACAGCUUUCACUUAUGCAUGAACCUCUUCCAACACCUCCCCACCAAGUUUCCGUUUGUGAGUUUUGUGGCUGAUUACAGAAGGUGUUGAGGGGGCUCUGCAAGUCAAGACUGUUCAUCUUUUCCCUGCAACCAUGCUACACAAAGGUGGUAUCAUUUACAUCCUUCUGCUUGUCACCCUUAAUGGGGCUACUGAGUGUGGGAUAACAGGUGGCAGAGUUGCAAAGCCACACUCCAGACCCUAUAUGGUGUCACUCCAGAUUCAAGGACAACAUGUAUGUGGUGGGAUGCUUAUUCGUCAGGACUAUGUUCUAACCGCAGCACACUGCAAAAAUUGUUACCAAGACAUCACGGUCGUACUUGGGGCACAUAACAUUAGCAACAAGGAGAAAAGCCAGCAAAAGAUUGGUGUAAGGAAGUAUCACGUACAUCCUCAAUACGAACUCAGCGGGGGAUAUGAUUGUGACAUUAUGUUACUUAAGUUGGAAGAAAAUGCCAAACUCAGCCGGUACGUAAGGGUAAUUGAAUUACCAAAGAAAAAAGAGAAAAUUCCCGCCAACACUAUCUGUGAAGUAGCUGGUUGGGGCAAAACUGGAUCUGAAGAACCUAUUUCAGAUGUUCUGAGGGAGACCACAGAGAGGCUCCAAUUCAGCUUUGAGUGCAAACAUAUUUGGAAAGAAUAUUUUAAUUCCAAGCAUAUGAUUUGCACCAAGAUAAACAAAACAGAGGGAGGAAUAUGUCAGGGGGAUUCUGGUGGACCCCUUAUCUGCAACAGCAUGGUUAAUGGCAUAACUGCUUUUACUUUUGAAAACAAAUGUGAUAAUCCAAAGUAUCCGCAUGUUUUCACUAAUGUCCAUUACUUUCUGCAGUGGAUUAAGGAGGUGAUGAAGGACUGAGGCAACCUUAUUAAGUGCAAAGUUAAGUCAAAUGUAUGUGUAGAAAACUGGCAGAAGUUAUUGUUUUAGAACAACAACAUGUAGAUGAUUUGCAUUUGACAGGAAAGAACAUGUAUGCAUGUACAAUAAAAGAUACUGAAUAAAACA